UGACAAGCUUUUGCGUCGAAGCCGUUACUUCCGGGUGUGUCCAGUGAAGUGAUCCGUUAAUCGUCUUGUGUCUUUCCAAAAAAUAAUAAAACAGCUAAAAGCCGAGUGUAAAUAAAAACGUGUAUAAAAUGAACAGAAUAUUCGGACGCGGGAAACCUAAAGCGCCUCCUCCGAAUCUUUCGGACUGCAUUGGCAACGUGGACGCCAGAUCAGAGUCCAUAGAGAAGAAGAUUGGCAGACUAGAUGCGGAACUAAUGAAGUACAAGGAUCAGAUGAAAAAGAUGAGAGAUGGGCCCUCGAAGAACAUGGUGAAGCAGAAGGCGAUGAGAGUGCUGAAGCAGAAGAGAAUGUAUGAAGGUCAAAGGGAGCAGCUGGCUCAGCAGUCUUUCAACAUGGAGCAGGCAAACUAUACAAUCCAGACUCUGAAGGACACCAAGACAACAGUGGAGGCCAUGAAGAUUGGUGCCAAGGAAAUGAAAAAGGCUUACAAGGACGUUAAAAUUGAUCAGAUCGAUGAUCUACAGGACCAGCUGGAAGACAUGAUGGAAGAAGCCAACGAGGUGCAAGAGGCACUGAGCCGCAACUACGGCACGCCAGAGAUAGACGACGAGGAGCUCGAAGCAGAGCUGGACGCACUGGGUGAUGAGCUGCUGCUGGACGAUGACAGCACGUAUCUGGACGAGGCCUCUUCUGCCCCGUCUAUCCCCGAAGGAAUCCCCAGUGACAGCAAGACAAAUAAGGACGGUGUCCUGGUGGACGAGUUUGGCCUCCCCCAGAUACCUGCCUCGUAAAAAAGCAAAGAAUGGAUUAAAAGAACUGCACUUCACCUGAAAACACUUUUAUAUGUAGAGUAACAAAAAACAAACAUUUGACCUGAGAACACGACAACUUUCGAUGCUGUCCCAGAGUUUGGUUGUGUGUUGUUACUACUACUGUGCUAGCAUGUGGCCUUUUUAAAAAGUAUUAUUCUCUCUUUCUUUCUCCCCUUCAGCCUCAUGUCUGACACUUGUCACUCUUACUUGUCUUCAGGAUUACAUUUAUUUAUUUUUGGUUUGUUUGUGUGUUGUGUAAACAUUAACAUUGUGUUUGGAGAGAAUUCCUACUCAUUCUGUUUAAAAUCACUUCAGGUUAUUUAAUCCUUGCAAAAAUAAAUGAUGUGUUUUACGGUAA